CACUCUAAAGAGAGUGCUUAUCUUGAUGGAGCUCGAAGGUUCUCUGGGGCCCAGGGACAGCAGAAGCCCUGACUCUGUCUGCCUGGGGAAGUAAGAACGGGGGCAACUCUCGGAUUUGGCUGCGUAGAACUGCAUCCUCCAGGUUAUUGGGAAGGCCGGGAUAAGUGGCUGAGGUUGACGGUCCCGUAACGGACCCUUUCCGAGAAGAGUCUCCGAGAGCCUCACACCAGAAGGGAGGGGCAAGUUGUGAACUCUCUGGAUUGUUGUGACAUUCUAACAUCUGAGCAGAAGCCUGACAAGAGCCGGGUCCACUGGCCCGUACACGUCCUGCCGAAGAGCCACGGAAGCUCCCACCUGAAGCUUUUCUGAGACAGCAUGAAAGCUGACAAAACCACGGAGACUAACUGGCUGGACAUCACCUACAUCACCAUGGAGGCUGCCAUUGGGCUCUGUGCUGUUGUGGGCAACAUGCUGGUCAUCUGGGUGGUCAAGCUGAACCCCACUCUGAGGACCACCACGUUCUAUUUCAUCGUCUCCCUAGCCCUGGCUGACAUCGCUGUUGGGAUGCUGGUCAUACCUCUGGCUAUUGCUAUCAGCCUGCAAGUCAAGAUGCACUUCUAUGCCUGCCUUUUCAUGUCCUGUGUGCUUCUGAUCUUCACCCAUGCCUCCAUCAUGUCCUUGCUGGCCAUUGCUGUAGACCGAUACCUGCGUGUCAAGCUGACGGUCAGAUAUAGAACGGUUACCACUCAAAGAAGAAUAUGGCUGUUCUUGGGCCUUUGCUGGCUCGUCUCCUUUCUGGUGGGACUGACCCCCAUGUUUGGCUGGAAUAGAAAAGCGACCUUAGAGAGCUCUCAAAAUAGCACUCUUCAGUGCCACUUUCGUUCCGUGGUCAGUUUGGAUUACAUGGUCUUCUUCAGCUUCGUCACCUGGAUCCUUGUCCCCCUGGUUGUUAUGUGUGUCAUCUAUCUGGACAUCUUCUACAUCAUCCAAAACAAGCUCAGUCAAAACCUGUCUGGCUUCAGAGAGACGCGUGCAUUUUACGGACGGGAGUUCAAGACAGCUAAGUCCCUGUUUCUGGUUCUCUUCUUGUUUGCGUUGUGCUGGCUGCCUUUGUCCAUCAUCAAUUUUGUUUCCUACUUUGAUGUCAAGAUACCAGAUGUCGCAAUGUGCCUGGGGAUCCUGUUGUCCCAUGCGAACUCCAUGAUGAACCCUAUUGUUUAUGCCUGCAAAAUAAAAAAGUUCAAAGAAACCUACUUUCUGAUCCUCAGAGCUUUCAGGUUCUGUCAGACCUCAGAUUCUUUGGACUCAAACAUUGAACAGACUACUGAGUAAUUACCAUGGCAGAUACAGAGCCAGCUCGUCUACCUUCGCAUUUGGCAUCAGUAAACACUAUAAGGACUUAUCAGACAUUCUUGCUUCCUUCACUGCAUUGGGAUCAUCGGGCUGGUUGCCACAGAGCUCCACUCCUCUCCCCACUCCUCCCUCCUCCUUCUGUUUCAGUUAUUUUCUUGAACUUCUCUAAUUCGAUUCUGUGGAAGCCUGACGUGAAGGCAAUGCAUUUCCGAUUACCACGGACUCUGCCCUUCCUUCCCAGACAAAGAAGUAAUGGAAUGUGGAGGGAGUCUCAUCUUAUCAAAGGAAGACUAGUGGGGCUGAACAUACAGAACCUGCUUUGAAGGAUCCCUGGGAUGUGGGGAACAGACGGAGGGAAUUGAAUUUAAGAAGAGGGCUAAAUCCACCUGUGUGGGUGCAUUUGAGCAAAUAAAAGAUGAUGCCC